AUGGCUGCGAUUUUCGAUGUGUCCGUGGUUCUGUUUCUGCAUCCGGAAGACGCUAGUAAACGAAACAUCUUUCUCAGGCCGUUUAGUUUACAGCUGUGGUUAGCCGUUGUUGGGCUGUGUGUUGCGACAGGUCUGUUGAUUCAUAAAAUGCACGAUCGUCCACCGGGAAAUCGUAACCGGCACAACCGAUCGAACGAAAAGUAUAACAUUAGUGGGCUCAGCCUUUACGUGGUGGAAAUAUUUAGCCAACAAGGAUUUACUGCACCAGCCAACUCGUACGGGAUUCGUAUUAUGCUUCAAACGAUAUUUGUGUUUGCGGCACUACUCCACCAGUUCUACAUUGCUCAUAUGGUCGGUUAUCUUCUGGUGGUUCCUUCUAAGACUGUUACAACGUUCCGAGAUCUGGUGAAAAACGAAUUCACCAUCGUUGCAGAAAAUGACGACGAGAAUCUAAAAUAUUACUACGAAACCGAUAACGAGGAUCUAGUCAGGCUGAAGAUCGCAAGCGGGGACGCGUACUGCAACCUUAUCGAAGGGAUAUCACUCAUCGCUCGCAACAGAACGGCUUUUCUCUGCGAUGCUCAUCGAGCCUACAGCUGGAUAAAUAGACUUUUCACCGACGCCGAUCGAUGCCGGCUGCAGGAAAUAGCGCUAGUUCCGCAAAGGUCCAUCUAUUUGGCCCUUGCGAAGGAUAGUCCGUUCAAGGAGGCGUUUCGCAUUACCCUGCUCAAGAUCACCGAACACGGGUUGCUGCAGUAUCAACGGAAACUUUGGUUUGCCAAAAAACCAGAGUGUCCCGAAAAUGGGGUCAAAAUGCCGGAGGUUAACCUAGAUCAGGCGUCCGGGGCUUUCUGGCUUUUGCUGUUCGCCGGGCUUGCCGGUACCGUUUUUCUGUUGCUAGAAAUCGUCAUUAAACGUUCCGGCCAUGGCGGUGUCUAA